UCAAACACAAGAAGUAGAUGACCUGAGUACUAGCUACCAUGUUCAACAUGAUUGUGUUCCUCUCUUACGACAUUCCCAACAUCAUAUUCAGCCACCAUCCAAAUAUAAGGAUUAUCAUUGCUUCAACACUCAAGAUCAAUCAACUUCUACGUCUCCAGGGUUUUACUGAAGUGGAGGGUGUUGAUUAUCAUGAUACAUUUGCACCAGUUGCUAAACUAGUGACAGUGCGUGUUCUUUUAGCCAUUGCAGCUGUGAAACAGUGGCCUUUGCAUCCUCGAAAGGGGGAGAAGGAUCUUGUCUGCAACAGUUCUUCUUUAAUCACUCAAGUGAAGCAGUUCUUAUUCAGUAAGUUUAAGCUCAAGAAUUUGGGUCAUCUCAAAUACUUUCUUGACAUUGAGGUUGCUCGUUCUUCUCAAGGCUAUUUCAUCCUUCUUGGUGAUAGUCCCAUUUCAUGGAAGAGUAAGAAGCAGGGUACUGUGUCUCAUUCCUCAACAGAGGCCAAGAAUCAGGCUAUGGCCAAAACCACCAUGGAGACCAAGCAUCUUGAAAUUGAUUGCCAUAUUGUUCGUGAGAAAUUCUUGGCUGGUGUUCUCUGCCCCUUGCCAAUUUCUUCUUCCUAUCAACCUGCUGAUCUUUUAACCAAGGCAUUAAGUAAAGAUAGUUUUCAAUUCCUUCAUGGCAAGCUUGGCAUUCGCAACCUUCAUGCUCUAGCUUGAGGGGGAGCAAUACCAACAUAACAGAUACAAUUAUACCAGAUAUCAGCUAUACUAGCUAUUUCGGAGUUCAAGGAACUAAAUUCUUCAAAUAUUUUUGUUACCAUUAUUUUAGGCUCUAGUUCAACUAAGUUUGGUAUUUUUACUUGUAUAUAAACUUGUAAUUCUGCCGUUUGUUUUUGGAAUAUAGAGAUAAACCUUUC